AUGUCGACCAAAUCGCUAGGCGAGUGUCAGGUAAAAGGGGAAGCACUAAUAUCGCUGUGCGAAGUCGAGCUUGGUCAACUAGGUUCCGGACUUUCAACGACCAGCGCGGCGUACACUGUUCAUGCGAAAUGGCGCGAUGCUGGGUGUAUUCAUGAAGACUUUGUGGGGGCCCAGAUUCCCGAUGUGCGGGUUCCGCCUGAGAAAAGACAUGCCGACGGGCUUUACCAUCAGGAAUACAUUGUCCAGGAUCCAGCUCAGGUUCGUCUGCGGUACAUGUUCUAUGUUGAGUUGCAGUGA